AUGGUCUCUCGGCGGAGAGACUCUCUCCUCAAGUACGAGGCCGAUUCCGUUGGCUAUUCUGUGACCGAUGCUCAGCUUUUGCGUGUAUACCGUCGCUCGCUUUAUCCUCGUCUACGCACCUUAGCCUCCACCAUCUAUGCUGGUUGUGACACCGUCGACGACCUGGCCAACAGACUCCACCGUCAUCUGCGUCAGAACCCCGACUUCAACAAGAACUCUAAGUCCCACGGUACAGCUUCUAGGCCCUCUGGUGCUCUCUCUACUGACUCUAAUCCGGUAAAAUCUGCCGACAAUGCUGGUCCCUCUCGUGCCCCCACGCGUGGCCCGCCGUUGAGUCAACCCCUGCGAGACUUUUGCCUUACCAACAACGUAUGCAUGUACUAUGUCGCAAAUGGGAUUUGCCGCCGUCCCGACUGCCCAUACAAACACGAGAAGCCACCUCAGUCUGACACUUCAACCACUUCAUCAUCUCAGGUUGUCAAGUCUUGCACUACUUUGUCUUCGAGCCCUAUUCCUGCCCACUGCACCUUGCGCUGUCCAGCUUUCGGUGCUCUCCGUCUUGAAGUCGAUACUGGUUGUACCCGCUCAGUCAUCACUCAUACUGCCGCUCUUCACUUACAACGCCACUUGCCAUCAUCGACUCUCACUCUAGUCGAUCCAGUUGCUUUUGAUACCGCUAGUCACGAAGGCGGCCUCAUCAGUCAUUGUCUAUUGCAUACGACCCUCACCGUCUACGACAGUUCUGGCAACCCCCACCACGUUGCUUGGUCGCCCUAUGUUACUCAUAGUCUGCUGGCUGGUUCCUCCGAUGGACUCCUUGGUCGUGAUGUUAUUGGCUUCGGUCCAGAUUGUACUUUGGUAGUACCUACCUCUACUGGUCCCGUCCCUGCGUCGAUCCUUCUGUGUACUCUUGGUGACACUGUGACCCCGGUAUCUACAUCUCCAACUUCAUUACAAGCUGUCCCACAAGCUUACAAACCUCCACCUCUUGACUUUGUCGACCCCGAGGCCCUACGCGACAUGCUCUCUGUGGACCCUACCUUUCAUCCACUACCGGUCGACUGGUCUCUAGAGACCGUGGUCUUCCAGACCCGUUGGCUGCGUCUUUCUCUGGUUCGCACUACCGCUGGUACAUCCUUCUUCUACGUCGACAUCUCCCAACAAGCCCACUCCUUCGCUCAGACUCUCCAACCCCCCGCUUGUCGCAAAGUUCACUAUAAAUGGGUCAAGUGUCCUGCUGAUGGACGCGCUGACUGCGAGGCUAAGCUUCAGGCUUUUGUUGAUACUGGUCAGUUACGCCCUAUUCCCGACUCGGAGGCUUCCAAGUACACUACCAACUUCUAUGGUGUCCACGGUCGUAAACGCUGGCGACCUGUCUUGCCGCUUAUUGCUACUAAUGCCUACCUCCGUGCCCUCAUGAAGGCAGAUCCUAUCCCCAACCAGCAGCACAAGCUCCGUACCUGUCUCUCUCGUUUACGGUUGGCUACCACCGUGACCAUCCACGAUGUCUCCGACGCCUUUAUGAGAUUUAGGGUGUCUCCCGCUCUGGGGAGUUUCUUCCAGGUGUACUGGAGGAAGCGCUGGUUUCAGUUUACCCGAAUGAUUUACGGAAGUAGCAUUGCUCCGUCGUGCCUCGAAGGUGGCAUGAGCCACGUCGAGCACGGCUUGGUCCCUACACCCGACACUUUCCCACCUCCUCCUGUUCUCACCGACGAUGGCAACAUCGACCUUGUUCUUGACCAGCUUCUUGACGUCGCGGAGCCUGAGCCCGAUCAGUGCUCUUUCAUGGACGACAUUCUCGACUUCCGUGCCGAUACCACCUCUGCCGACAUUCUACCCAACAAGUACGACGAGUAUGACUUACCUCUUAAGUCUCAGGCUCUUACUGAGGCUUCCGCUGGGAAAAUUGGUCUAAUCUAUGCGCUUCCUGCAAGUCUAAGCUAG